AAAGUGAGAUGAGAUAUCGAUGAUUUGACCACGUGAAGGCCUGUUGCAAUCCCGGAAUAAUGCGAAAUCUCAAAUUGCAAUACUGUAAGGAGCUGACCACUGACGUAAACCAGCCCAAGCAACUGCUAAUACAGCCCAUUGAGACUCACAAUGGUGAGAGCGGGGGAAGUACCUCCUAUGUGGUGACUUCAAACAACAUUGUUCGACUGGAAACCGAAAAUUCCCAAGGAAGAUGUAAAACCAAAAUCAUAGCUGAUUUACCGGAUAUAGUGAGUGCUGAAUAUCUGCAAUUGGAUGCCCAGAUAUGUGUGGCCACGGGAGGUGGAGAAGUAUUGAUUAUACAACCAGACACAUUGGAAACCAGAGAAGGAACAUUCUGCGAUGUAGGCAUCGAAUGCAUGUCUUGGUCACCUAAUCAGGAGGUUGUUGCUUUCAUUACCAAAACCCAUAAUGUGGUAGUGAUGACCUGCACCUAUGAUCUAAUAGCAGAACAGCAGCUCGAUCAGGAUUUGUCCAAGGAACAAGAAUUUGUCAAUGUUGGAUGGGGUAAAAAAGAAACCCAGUUUCAGGGAACAGCUGGCAAAGCUGCGGCAAAAGAGAAACCAGAGGAGACGACCUUAAAUGACAACGACGAUGGAAGCGUCCAUGUCACCUGGCGUGGUGAUGGUGCCUAUUUUGCAGUGUCCUAUGUAUCAGCAGCCAGAGGGCGUACUUUUAAGGUGUACGACUGCGAAGGCAAAUUGCAAUUCUCAGCGGAAAAAUGUAGCCAAAUUAGGGAAAACAUCGCUUGGCGCCCCUCGGGUAAUUGGCUAGCCAUGGCCCAAAGAUUACCCAACAAGUCCUGUAUUGCCUUGUUCGAAAAGAAUGGCUUAAGGCAUAGAGACUUUACGUUACCCUUUGAUCUAGAUGAGGAGAAAGUCGUGCAAAUAAAAUGGAGCGAGGGUUCAGACAUCUUGGCCAUACGAACCAAGAAAAAUGGAUCCCAAAGCAUCUAUUUAUAUACCAUAGGAAACUAUCAUUGGUAUCUGAAGCAAGUUUUGGUCUAUGAUGAGCAAGAUCAGUUGGCCUUUUUCCAUUGGGAUUCACGAUUGGGUUCCGAAAAUGAUCUUCAUGUUUGCCUGGAGAGUGGAAAACAUUUGAUUCAUCGUUGGACAUUUGCCGUAGAUCGCUACGUCCGAGGAUUGGUAGCGGUUAUUGAUGGCAAACGGUUGUGUCUCUCGGAUUUUGCCAAGGCAGUUAUUCCACCACCAAUGAGUCAACGUGUGAUUGAAAUUAAUGAUUAUAUCAAUUCAAUAACCUGGCAUGAAUCCACUUUGUGCGUCUAUACCAGUGACAAGUCCAUUUACAUCUAUCAGCCAUUGCAGCAAUUGAGCCAAGAGCCUCCACCAGUUAUUCAAUUGAAACCUAAUAAGGAGCUGGCCCAUUUACAAUUGUCCAAUUUGGUCAAUUUUAAUUGUGAUUAUCUUCUGGCCACUAAGAGUGUGGGCAAUUGUACGCGAAUUUUGCUAAUCAACAAAGAACCGGACAUUGAAGAAGAGGAGGACAAGGGGGAAGCUAAUGAUGCGGUGUAUAAGGUUCAUAGUUCUCUUAAAAUUAAUGGCACAGUGAAUGCCAUUAGCAUUGGAGCCAGUGCCAUGGAUCAGUUCUAUGUCCAGACCAUACAGAAUGGGCAUUGCUACGAGAUAUCUCUAAAACCGGAUAACUCUAUGAAAGUGGAACGAAAUCAUGCCCAAUUGGCGCAACCAGCUGAUCAAAUUGAAUAUUUUAAUUUGAACAGCGAUAGUACAGCUGGAAUUAUAUCGUUGCGAUCACAGCAAUCCCUUCAUUUGGAUGGCCGUCGCAUAGCCGAUGAUGUAACCUCAUUCUGUGUGGUGGGAAACUAUCUGGCCUAUACCCAAUUGAAUGCGUUGCAUUUUGUACAUUUACGGAAUCGUCGUCAGGUCUCAUCGAGGAAUAUAGAACGUGGUGGCAAACUGGUGACUGCUAUAGCGAGUGAGGCUCGUGUGGUGCUGCAAAUGCCACGCGGUAAUCUGGAGGUCAUAUGUCCACGUGUUCUGGCUUUGGAUUUAGUUGGAGCUCUGCUCCAGCGACGUCAAUAUCAGUUGGCCAUGCAAAUGUUACGGAAACAGCGAAUCAAUCUCAACAUUAUAUGCGAUCACAAUGUCAAGGAGUUUGUUGCAUCUAUUGACAUAUUCCUCAAAGAGAUUAAACAAAGUCAAUGGCUUUGUCUCUUCCUUAGUGAAUUGCAAAACGAAGAUCUAACACAAGGAAUGUAUUCCAGCAAUUACGAAGGAAAAGAACAACAGGAAUCGCAUUAUCCAGACGAUUAUAGGGUGGAAAAUAAAGUGGAGUACAUCAGUAAAUUGAUCUGUCAACAUAUGGAAAAAGCCAAGGCAAAGGAUGAUGUAAAUCGCUAUCGUUUACCCAUAAUCACAAGCUAUGUCAAGUUGGGCCAUUUGGAGGAAGCUCUUCUCUUGAUUUGGCGAGAGAAGCAAAGAAUUUCCGAGGAGAAUUUAAAUUUAGCCGAUGAUAUGCUUAAAUAUCUUCUCUAUAUGGUAGAUGUUAAUGAUUUGUAUAAUGUCGCUCUGGGCACAUAUGAUUUUGGUCUAGUCGUAUUUGUGGCCCAAAAAUCACAAAAGGAUCCCAAAGAGUUUUUGCCUUACCUCAAUGAAUUGAAAUCUUUACCUUUAGAUUACCGGAAAUUCAAGAUUGAUGAGCAUCUAAAACGAUACGCCAAAGCAUUGAAUCAUCUUGCACAGUGUGGGGAAGAUUACUACACGGAAGCUUUGGAGUUUAUUAAAAAGCAUGGACUAUAUGUUCAGGGAUUGCAGUGCUAUCGAAAUCAAAAGGAAUUCCAUCAACAGAUAUGCGUAGCAUAUGCCGAUCAUUUGAGAUCGCAGGCUAAAUUGGAGAAUGCUAGUCUUAUGUACGAACGAGGUGGACAACUUCAGCAGGCCUUAAUGAGUGCCAGGCACAUUUUGGACUGGCAACGAGUCUUGGUUUUGGCCAAGCUACUAAAGGAAUCAUUGCCAGAGGUGGCCAUGUCAAUGGUAGGACCAUUGCAACAACAAAGUAGACACUUGGAAGCCUAUGAACUAGUCAAGGAUUACGUACAGGAUCGAGAUAAACAAAUGGAAGUACUCCUGGAGGGGCAUCUCUAUGGCCGAGCCAUAUUUGAGGCACGCCUACAGGGUGGCAAUAUAUUAGCUGACAAGGUUACUCCGUCAUUGUUGGCUUAUGUAAAUCAAUUGCAAACAUCUCUGGAAGCCGAUCAUCAGUUAUUCCUUGACUACAAGAAACGUUUGCAAAUAAUACGACAGCAACAGGCAUCCCAAGGAGAUGGAGAUGGUGGGGGCGAUGUGGAUAUAGAUGAAGUGGAUCUACUAUCAGAUACCACCAGCAUGCAUUCGUCCCGUCAUAGCGGCAGUUCUCGCGGCACAGGGAAAACUUUCCGUUCGAGCAAAAAUCGACGCAAACAUGAACGCAAACUGCUCAGUUUAAAGCCAGGCAACCCCUUUGAAGACAUUGCGCUCAUCGAUGCGCUGCACAAUCACAUCACUAAAAUUGGCCAACAGCAACAGGUGGUGCAUGACACAUGCAAGGCCCUGCUGCAAGUGGCUGAAGAUGGUAGUGACGGUGACGGUGACUAUAGUGCUGAUAUCUUGGCGGCUUCACUGCAGCGUGAAUUCAACCAAUUGCUGUUAACUGUCGAAUCAUCUCUCGAUGAGAUUUGGAUACCAGAGCUGGCGGGUGGAAAUGGUGGAGCUGGAACUGGAACAGGUUUCAGUUUUGCGCAGCAUCUAACAGGACCAAAUGUUGAUUAUUUGGCCCUAAAAAAGGAGCAACGUUAUGCCUUGAUAAGUCCUCUGAAGCGUUUCAAGCCGCAAUUAAAUAUUAUUGAUUGGCCUCAUGACAUUCUCUUAUAAAUUGAUCAAUAACAAUUUGCGUGAUAUGAAAUUUCACUUUUGAUUUUUACCCACCCCCAUUUAAUUUACUUUCACUAAGUGGAAAAAUAAAUGUUGCAUUCAAAAAUUUCUUCAUAAUUGAAUUAUCAUCGAGUUGGAACCAGGCACCAGGCAGUGGACCGGUGGACAUGUGCCAGACACGAACAUGGACAACAUUGAAAGCCAUUUAAAGUGGGUGUUUAAUUGUAAACCAACAAAGCAACUAUCAUUUGAGAGGCGUAGGCGUCAGUUGUCUGUCGGCUAAUCUUUGAGCAACGCCCUUUAUUAAAAAACAUUUAAAAUAAAGAACAACAACAACCACAAAUUCAUGAAUCUCGGCUUGAUAAUUUCCUGUUAAAGUCGGAGUCGAUGUUGACGUAGACGUCGCAGCUGCUGCAUUCAAGCAUUUUGUUUAGCAAACAAAAAUAAAAAAGAAACAAACAAACAGAAAUAUAAGAGAUGAUGGGAAACAGGUUUUUGUUUUCCCAUGCAGGCCAAAAGCACAGUGAGGCAAAUGCAGUUGACAAGACACAUAAAUAAAGUCAAAGAUAAAGCGAAUUAUGGUUUGCAGUAGAAUUUCUUAAUACACUAUAUAAAUAUGAAAAGGAUGAAUACACAUAUAGAAAAUAAAAUAGGAAGACAAAAAUGAUCAGAAAUUAACAAAUAAAAUGUACUCUAAUACUUAAAUUUAAA